AUGAAGAUGCUGACCUGCGUGACGACGAAAACACCCAAGUUCAAGGGCUCGACGAAAGCCGAGCGCCGACAGUUUAUGCGCGAGUACAACCAGUACUUGGAACAGGUGGCUGCGUUGCAUACGACGACUACCAAACCCUUGGUGAUGCUGGUGUCGGUCUGCAUCGACCAUUACACGGAGAAACGCGUUGCCGUGUGGGAACUGGACAAGAUGGUGGAAGAGAUCACAGAAGCUGACUGGAUCGCAUCGAUGAGCCUCGGAUUUGACGUCCUGCCCUCGGACCUCGACGCGAUCAAGUUUGCCGCACGCGAAGUGCGGAAGUGA